GAGAAAAAGCCGAAUACAGUGAUAUAGUACUGACUUUAUCUAAUGAAAUAAUUAAAAUUCAAGACGUGCAAUCACCAAUAUUAAUAGAAAUAAUGAGUGGAAAGAUAUUUGCAUUUCUGUGUUCCGUGCUUCUUCUCGUCAUUUCGUCAUCGAAAUCGCAGCAAAAUUUCACCAACGAGAAUGAUAAUUUGACGAUACAAUACGAGAUAAAUACGGAUUCUACAACAAAUUAUAACGACGAAAUAAUAACACUGCGACAUGAUUUGCAUAAAAAGAUUAUGAAUAAUACACAAAAUGACAAUAAUGAUGAUGAGCAAAAAUCGAUGAAAUUUAACACGAAUUCGACAAAUGUCAAUCAUAAAAGGAAUUUUACGCUGCAGGAAGUUUAUGAAAAUGUAAUUAAAAAGAAUGAUUCCAUGUCACUUGAAGUUCUCAAAAAUUCCAGCAAAGAUGCUAAUGAAACUAUCAUCGUCCCAAACGAAAUGUGUCAUAAUGAUACUUGCAUUCGGUUCUGCUGUUCUCUUGGCGAUCGUCUGGUUGUAAGCAACUGCACUCAUGAAGAAAUUGAAUACAUUUUUCCAAAAGUAUACAUGAACGAUUCGACGCAGAGUGAAAAGAAUCUGAACGAAUUGUUUCAACUGGCUAUUUAUGAUUCGUGCAAGGGAAGUCAUUCUCUGUCCCCAGAGGUUUUCAUGAGUUCGAAGUAA